CUAUAUUUCAUAUCAGUAUGUCUCACAAAGUUUUGUGACUACGAGAAAAGCCUACAAUCAAAUAGCAAUAAUGCCUAAUUUCUUUCUUCAAAGAAAUAAGAGAAGAACUCGUGUAAUACAUAAGCUUCUUACUACAUAGACUUGGGACUCAGGGAAUAAUGUGUUCGCUAUAUUUCCUAUAGAAUUUUGAGAAUUGAAGCUCCAACGCGCUAUUUCAUCCUCUGCGGAACAUGUCAUAAAUUCGGACUGUAAUGUGUCUAUACUAAAAAUUGUUCCAUUAUGUAGACUAUACUAAAAAUUUCAGGGGGUAACAAAAUUUUGUACUUGGUAUAUUGUAAAGUGUUGAUUUCGGGGUUUCCAUGGAAAUGAGCCCAUCCGUUCUUUAUACAGCCUUGAUAUAUAUUCAAAUCCACUUGUUUAAUCAACUGGAAAUUAUCUUUUUUUCUGUCACUGUACUAGCCAAACGGAAUUAUUUUCAUGCGUACAUAGUGAACGCCGAAGUAAUACCAAACAAAUCAGGAUUUUGGAACCUGGUUUCAGUUUUGAACCACUGCAAUGGAUAUUUCCAACAUUAUUAGGGGUGUAUUCAUUCGAAUCUUCUUGGCUUUACUUAUACUGUCUGUCAUCCUUAAAGUUGUGAAGGAAAAAUUCAUCUUAUGGUUGUAUGGCCAAAACGCUGAUUCGGGAAUGUCUGUGUUAACAAGAGGAUAUAUGAUAUCUGAUUUAUCAACAAAAAGAUUGAGAAAUAGUUCUGUGAUAACUAGCUUUCAGCCGUCUAGCAGUAAUAUGUAUGGUUUUCCGAUUCGAGUAACUGUUUCUAGCAUUAAAGCUGUCGAGUUUUGUGUCUUACGUGAUGUCUCAUUGUCUUCUUUCCAUGACAUGUUGACUAGUGACCACAAAAAUCUUAGAGAUUAUAUUGUUACCAACGCUACCGAAAGACAUACUGUAAAACCUGGAAGUCAAGACAUAUCCAUACACGUGAACGUUCAGUCUUGCCCUGAUCAUUCGAAACGAGAUAAAUAUUCAAUUGUUAUUGGUCUAGUUUCAAGUACUCUAGAUUCACUGGAUGAGGAAAUAAAUAUUACAUGCUACAUAAUUCAUGUAAAGAUUCGAGAAGAGGAACAAGUGAAUACAAGUAUCAUGUAUACAUAUUGGAAAACCAAUUGGAACCGUCUUCUGACUCCACAAAUCCUUUUUGAUGCUGGUGAAAAUAUGAACACAAUUGAUGAAACUACUAUUUUACCAACGAAAACAAUCACAUCAUAUAUAAAUAAUGAUAAAGUUUGUCAAACAUGGCAACCAUGUUGUUUCAUAUGUCUUUCUAUAGAAACUACUUAUAAUCUACGUGUACUUUUACCAUGUCGACAUGCAGUGAUUUGUUCAGAUUGUUUUAAAUCAUUAUAUAAAUCAGCAAUGUUUACAGUAAAUCAUCAUUUAAUUGGAUUUAUUACUUGUCCAAUAUGUCGUACACCUAUAAAUUCAACAUUAUUAUUACCUAGAAUUAAUUCUAAUGAUGAAUUAGAUAGUGAAGUCACUAAUGUCAUGAAUGGUGAUAUCAUAACUAAUAUUACAGAGAUCUCUAUGUGAUUAUGAUUAGGUAUAGGAUCAUUUAUUUUCGUACAGCGUAAUGCAUUCAUAACCAGUGUAAAAUAAUAUUUUAUAAUCAUUAUAUUGUCUUUAUUUUAUUGAUAGUUUUCAAUUAUUUUCCUAUUCAUGUGAAGUUAACGUCGUAAUUAGUUGUAUAUAUGUCAGUCCCUUAUGCCAAUGAAAAACACACACGUUAAAAUGAAACUACUUGUAUUUUGUCAGUAGUAUAUUCCCGUAGAUGAUAAAUAUUAUGAGAGGAAUGAUUUUAGAUGUUACAGAUUUGAAAAGCUUGGAAAUGUAUCCUGGAGCACAUGGGCACUGUUGGCUUGGAACUAGAGUUUAUCACCUUCCCUAGAUGGAUCAUUUGUACCCACCAGGUCGGUUAAAACGCCGGACAUUCGCUUUUCAUCCUCUCAAUUUAAUAAAUAGCACCCCAGUGGCGAAAAGGCAGUAACUAGGACUUCUGUGGUAGCUGCUGUAUACGCGUGGCCAUGUGAGAGCAUUUUGAGAGCGAGAGAGCUGUCUCCCCCAUUCUCGACCUAACCAGGGUAUUUGGUGGCUUACGAAGACAUUCUGUAAUUUUGCACUAAACAAUAAAUUGGUGUCGUGCACCAGAAUUCGCGUUCACUACAGUAGUGCUAGUCGGAGAAUCGAAUAUUCAGUUUGGGCAUCUAGAUACAGAAGAGGGGCGUUUGGGUUGCUUAAUGGGUCUUGUUGGUCGCAGGUUAUGUAACGGUGACCGUCUAUUUCAAGUUUGCGCAGAUUACAACUUGUUUCUGGAUAGCACUGACUUCCGGCAAAUUCAUCUCUGAUGUGUUACCUGGCGUUUUCCCUCUUCAUCUUAAAUCUAGACACAGACUGACCACAUUUCGAUCAGCUACCGGUGGCGUGGUUAUAUACAAGACUGUCGCUCCUCUUAGAAUAUUUAUCUGGACUCCGAUCAUACUCUUGUUUGUGCUCAUGUUACCUUGCGUUUCAGUGGCCAACAAAUUCAUCGUCCUAAACGGUUAAUUUUCAGCAGAUUAGUUACAGUUUCUGAUGCAACUAAAUAUCAAACCGAGUUAGGUUCACGAC